AUGAUAAAUAAAUUAGAAAAUCUUCCAAAUGAAAUAUUUCUAAUGAUAUAUUCUCAUAUGACAUUGUUUGAAAUAAUUGAAUCAUUUUGUUUAUUAAAUAAACGUUUAAAUAAUAUAAUUUAUUUCAAAUUUUUAAUGAAUAAAAAUGGAAUUGUUAUUAAUAAAAGAUGUUUAUCGUUUAAUAAAUGUCAUUCAAUAAUAACAUCUAAAAUCAAUGAUUUAUCAUUUAUUUUAAACUGUAUACAAUCGAUUUAUAUCAACGGAAUAUAUGUAAAUUGUUCUGAUAUUAUAUCUGAAUGGAUAUUUCAUUCGAAAAUUCUUCGUUUUAUUAAUCUUAAAAAAGUUAUUCUUCGAAAAUGUUAUUUAACUGAAAACUUAAUUGAAAAUUUAUCACUACUUAUUGAAUAUCAAUUGAAUGAAUUAGUAUUAACAUUUGAUAAUGAUGUAUUCAAAUCAUAUCAAUGUCAAAGAUUGUUACGCAUAAUUCGCCAUAAACAAAGAUCGAAUUUGAUGCUAAUGUUUGAAGAAUUUAUACGUAAAUUAUUUUCUAAUAAAUGUCAUUUAACAUCACUCGAACUUGACAUAUCAAACGACGAUACUUGUGUUAAUAUUCAUAAAUUUCUAUCAUUAUCUUCUAAUAUUAAUUCAGAUGUAAUUCACAAUGAAAUUGUUACUCAUUGUAAAAGUCUUCGUUAUUUGAAGAUUGAUUUAAUUGACGGUUCUUUUCUUGAAAAUCUUAUUGAACAUGUACCUAAUCUUGAAAUUUUAUCAGUUCAAUUUAAAUAUACAUUAAUGGAAAAAUUAUCGGAUGAGCCGCAAAUGAAAAGAUUUACAUCAGGUAUUAUCAGUUGGUAUACUAAGAUGCCAAAAUUGAAAUGUUUUACUUUGAAAAGUGUUAUUCUCAAUGAUUCGCAAUUAAAUUACUUAAAAUGGAUUAUUAAUAAAGUUAAUUAUAUUGAAAAAUUAAAAGUUCGUCUUCAUAUAAAGGAUUCAAUGAACAAAAAUAGUGUUAUUGAUGUAAAUUUCUUUCGUAAAUAUCUAAUGCCUGAUAUAUUAAUUCAUUUAAUUGAUUUUGAUUUUUAUAUUGUCUCAAGCUGUAAAUUAUUAUUUGAAAAUGAUAUUCAAAAAGUAAUUGAUUCAUUUAAAACCGAUCAGUUUUUUAUUUAUCGUUAUUGGAUAAAUAUUCAAUGUUAUUUCGAUCCAAUUAUGUCAUAUCAGCAUAUAUCAUCAACAAAACUAAUUAAACCGAUAUUUGUCCAUGGUAUUGUAGACUAUCCGAUAUUUUUCGAUUGGAAAUGUGUCAAAUACAUGAUGGUUAAUUUAUGUCCAUCAAUUAUUGGAUGUCUAAAACAAUUUGAUAUUCUAUAUCCUCAUAUAAAAUCUAUUCAAUUUAAUAUAGAUCUACAGGAUAGAAAAGGAUUAGGACAAAGACGUCGUAGAGCAUUUGAUAAACUAAGAAAAAAUGCAUUAAGUAUUAUUCGACAUGUUGAAUUUUGUCUCCCGAGUUGCCAUUAUGGUUCAAAUGAGUCAAUUCAUAUGGGAAAAAACUUGGUAUCAGUUUUGAGUUGUUAUAUGCCACAUAUACAAACAUUACGUCUUUGGAGAGAUGAUGAUUUUCCUUGGACAUCAAUUCGACCAGAUUAUGGAACAGAACGUAUGUGUCAAAUUUAUAGUGGACGGUGGAUUGAAUCUUUACGAACAUUUCAAUCAAUCGUGGACCAUGUUGUAGUUUUUGAACAAAACCUUUGUGAAUUAGUUCAAAAUUUGAAAGAAUUGGUUUUUAUCGAUAUUUAUGGACGAAUUCAUUCUGAAAAAAUUGAACCUUUUCGUUCUAUGGUUAAAAGACGUUUUCCAAACAGUCGACUUCAUAUUGAAAUAUCAAAAUUUCGUCUUUGGAUUUAA